UUUCAGAUUUCGGACGUUCGGAGAUUCAGUGCUGCGACGCUCGACACCAUGGCCGCUCCUGCUGAUGGCGCUGAUGGCGCAGUCGACCAGGCGGCGGCGGCGGCGGGGCAGCAGGACGUCGACUACGACAACAAGGGCAAGCUUCUUGCGCCGUCCAGGCGCGCGCUCAAGGCCUUCGACCUCAAGACGGCCAUCUGCUCCGCGACGAGAGACAUGUACCAGUGCGAACAGGUGAGCCACUACGACGUGUCGAGGGUGCUGAGUGCUCUCACCCAGGUGUGCACGAGGGAGCUGCAGGUGCGCCAGGUGGUGCAGAUCCCAGGGCUCGUGAAGAUCACUGCCGUCAAGCACGGCCCGACGCCCGCCCGCUCGCUCGUG